CAUGACUCAUGCGAUGAAAAAGGAAAGUAAACUCCGAAAGAUAAAGAAAAAAUUGGGUGCAACAUACAAAAUAAAUAGAUUAAUUAGGUCGAUUCUAAAGAAUACUACUGGAUUGGGUGGUACCAAGAUUAGAUUUUCGAAAAAAGUAAUUCCAAUGUUUACUGAUAGUGGUAGAGAUUUGUUAGAAAAGAUUGCAUUCAACUUAAAGGAAAUGAGUAAAGAUGAAGAAAACUUAAACUUAAACAAUGCUAAUAUUGAAUAUUCGUGCAUGAAUGAAGAUUUAUAUAGAGCAAUUAAACUAACUAGACAAGAAUAUCCGCUAUUGUAG